AUGAGUGACAAGAACACGAGAAUCGCCAUUGUCUCUACGGACAGAUGCAAGCCCAAAAAGUGUAAACAGGAAUGCAGAAAGUCAUGUCCUGUGGUCAAGACCGGUAAACUUUGUAUUGAAGUGACCCCGGCUUCAAAAAUUGCAUUUAUUUCCGAAACUUUGUGUAUCGGUUGUGGUAUUUGUGUGAAGAAAUGUCCGUUUGACGCCAUUAAUAUCAUCAAUGUGCCUACAAAUCUCGAUGCCGAGACCACUCACAGAUACUCUGCCAACUCCUUCAAACUUCACAGACUUCCUACUCCAAGAGCUGGCCGUGUUUUAGGGUUGGUAGGUACUAACGGUAUCGGUAAAAGUACUGCCCUUAAAAUUUUAGCUGGUAAACAGAAACCCAAUUUGGGACGUUACGAUGAUCCACCAGACUGGUCAGAUAUCUUGAAGCAUUUCCGUGGAUCUGAAUUGCAAAAUUACUUCACCAAGGUUUUGGAGGAUGAUCUUAAGGCUAUCAUCAAGCCCCAGUACGUGGAUAAUAUUCCUCGAGCUCUUGCCAAGUCGCCGGUGAAGGAUGUUUCUGGUAUCUUGAAACUGAAGUUGGAACGUAAGGAAGUGUGGGAUUAUGUUCUUAAUGUUCUCGAAUUGCACGGUGUCAUGGAUCGUAAUGUGGCCGAUUUGUCUGGUGGAGAAUUGCAACGUUUUGCUCUUGGUAUGACGGUGAUCCAAAAGGCUGAUGUGUACAUGUUUGACGAGCCAUCGUCGUACUUGGAUGUCAAGCAGCGUUUGAGAGCUGCUGAAAUCAUCAGAUCAUUGUUGGACCCAGUGACUUAUGUCAUUUGUGUGGAGCAUGAUUUGUCUGUGUUGGAUUACUUGUCUGAUUUCAUCUGUAUUUUGUACGGUGCACCCUCCAUUUACGGUGUGGUGACGUUUCCUUCGAAUGUUCGUGAAGGUAUCAAUAUUUUCUUGGAUGGUCACAUUCCUUCUGAGAACAUGAGAUUCCGUACCGAGUCGUUGCAGUUCAGAUUGGCCGAUGUGGCUGAUGAUAUGCUUCUCGACAGAACCAAUGCAUUAAAAUAUCCCGCUAUGGAAAAGACCCAGGGAGAUUUCCACUUGUCGGUAGAGGCAGGUGAUUUCACCGAUUCGGAAAUUUUGGUGAUGAUGGGUGAAAAUGGUACCGGUAAAACUACUUUCUGUCGUUUGUUGGCCGGUGCUACUGCUCCAGACAAUGGUCAACAAAUUCCUAAGCUUAAUGUUUCCAUGAAGCCACAAAAGAUUGCACCCAAAUUCCCUGGUACUGUGAGACAAUUGUUCUUCAAGAAAAUCAGAGCUUCAUUUUUGCAUCCUCAAUUUCAAACCGAUGUGGUGAAGCCAUUGAAAAUCGACGAUAUUAUUGAUCAAGAAGUGCAAACUUUGUCUGGUGGUGAAUUGCAACGUGUGGCUAUAGUGUUGGCUUUGGGUAUUCCCGCUGAUAUCUACUUGAUCGAUGAGCCUUCUGCUUACCUCGAUUCGGAGCAGCGUAUUAUUUGUUCCAAGGUUAUCAGAAGAUUCAUUCUUCACGCCAAGAAAACCGCUUUCAUCGUUGAGCACGAUUUUAUCAUGGCUACUUACUUGGCUGAUAGAGUUAUUGUAUUCGAUGGUCAACCAUCUAAGGAUGCCAAUGCCCGUGCUCCCGAGUCUUUGUUGACCGGUUGUAACCGAUUCUUGAAGAACUUGAACGUUACGUUUAGAAGAGACCCCAACUCGUACAGACCUAGAAUCAACAAGUUGGACUCGCAAAUGGACAAAGAACAAAAGGCAUCAGGAAACUACUUUUUCUUGGACAACACCGAGUUGUGA